GUUAGUGUUUGUAGUCAGCGGCCAGAGUCCCACUCUGUUUUUUUUAGUUAAGAGGAUGAGAAACUUCAGGUUAUUCUGCACUAACUUGCUUGGCUUGUGUUUUUUAUUUUCUGACUCUCAGACUGAGGGAUUCGGGGACUCUGGUUCUCUACCACCAACACCAAACAUUAGUCAUUUUAGUGACAAACAAAGCCUUGGGGUGAGUUGGCCGAGGAACCAAGGAGCCUCAGAGAGGGAUGUUUAUGAGAUCCAGAUCAGCCGUACUGAAAAUCACACUAUUAUUUACAAUAGAAAUGUGAGCAUAUCUGCAGGGGACUCAGCUCAGUACACUUGGACAUGGCUCUCUGAUUUGCCUCUGGAGUGUGUCGAUCACUCAGUCAGAAUGCGAAGUUUUUGUCACCAAACUGGCCCGAGUCCUUGGAGCAACUGGAUAACCAACCAUGGAACCAAAGCAAGGGAUAAGUUCAAGAUAUUUCCUUCUCAAUCGGUACUGAAGGAGGGAAGUAAUGUCAUGUUCUGCUGUGUUGCCCCUGUGGGUGUAAACAUCACAAGCAUCACCUUUAAGGACAUGCCAUACCCUCUUUUGAACAUUGGAGAUGGGGUUAAGGCUAUUUUAGUAUCCAAUCUGGCAAUCCCAACCAACCUCAUCAAAAUACUGUCAGUCACCUGCACUGAUUCAGCAGGAAAGACCAGCUCUGUGGGAAAAUCUGUCAGCUUUCCUCCCCAAAGGCCCAGAAACUUGAGCUGUACAACCUCAGACAUGAUAAACAUCAGGUGUAGCUGGGACCCAGGCAGGAAACGAGACCAGUAUGACCGCAACAAUCAGACACAAACUCUCCACAUUGAAAACACAGACCAGGCUCCCAUCCCUUGUCAGUCCUCAUCUUGUAUUUUCCCAGCUGUGCCACAGCGGCAGGAAUACAACAUCCGAGUGGAAGUGAAGGACCAGCUGGGAGAGGAAAUGGCAACCUACAGCUUCAACAUCUCUGACAGAGUGUCCCCUGUGUUGGAGUGGGACAGGGUGAUCCCUGAGGUGACAGAAGUCAGCCUGUCCUGGACUGUACUGGGGAACCUGACUCAGAACAACUUCCUUUGCCAGGUUUCUGUAGAUACAGAAACCAUCAGUAAGCAGACUUUAAGGAGUGAGAAUGGACUCUGCAAAGUCCGCCUGGAAGGCCUGCAUCCAAACAUGGGUUACUCUGCAAAGGCACGGUGUUCUGUCAAUGGGAGACUCUGGGGAAAAUGGACUUGGCCAGUAUUAUUCACAACCUGCCCACUGGUAACCUUGGACCUAUGGAGGAGAAUUGAUUACAGAUCUGAUUCAGACAUUCGUCGCGUUACUCUCCUAUGGAAACCUCAUGUUUUCGGUAGAGCCACCACAGUGAAGAUUCAAGCUUACACAGUCAAGUGGUCACAGGAAGGUCAAACCCUGACAGAGCCGAUGGAUAGCAGACAGAGCCAGGCGGACAUCUCAAUCGGUCCCAAAAAGUGCAACUUUACCGUUCAAGCUGUUCUCAACAAUGGAUCCUCCAUCCCUGCCCACAUCACCAUCCUACCGAAAGACAACUCAGAAAUCCCUCUGUUAAAGAAAAGCCUGAACAAAACCUCAGCUGGAGGUUUUAGUCUGUGGUGGGAUGAGCGGACCUCAGUCACCUGUGGUUACACUGUUGAGUGGUGCAUCCUGGGAGGCUCUGCGUCCUGCACUCUGCAGUGGAUUAAAGUGCCAAAAGGAAAUAAUACUUUGUUCCUACCUCCAGGACAUUUCAAAUCAGGUUGCAGGUAUUCAUUCAAUAUUUAUGGAUGCACAGAACAUGGAGACAAACUACUGGAGAUACAGACUGGAUACACCCAGGAGCUCAGGUCUGUGAAGUACCCAAGUCUAAUCAAACUUGUUAAAAGUACACAUGCAUCUGUAACCCUGGAGUGGCACUACGAUGAAGAGGAUGCAGCUCAGCCUGCAUUCAUCACUGGUUACCUGGUAACAGUGCAGAAAGUGCAAUCGGAUACAGCUCCAGUUUUAUUCAAUGUGUCCGUGGGCGACCCCCGGCAAAAGUCUCUAACCAUCGAGGGUCUGCAGCAGCACCAGGAAUACGUCUGCUCUGUGAGUGCUCUGACUAAAGUCGGGCCCGGAUUACCUGCCAGUAUUACCAUCAGGACCAAAACAAACUAUUUUUCCCACUUGACAAAGAUCCUGACUCCCAUUCUACUACUUCUUGGCUGCACCGCUCUGCUGUGGCCACAAAGAAUACUGCUGAAGAAUGUGUUGAAGAAGAUAUUUGCCUAUCCUGCUGGUAUGAACAUCAAAACUCCUGAGUUUGAAAGCUUCUUGAAUGAGAUUGAUCAGAAGCUACAGUCUCAUAAAGUGGAAGAGUGCAUAGGCUGUGACAUUGAAGUCAUGCACAUCAAACCUUUGUGGCAUGAAAGCACAAUUCUAAGGACCCCUGAGCAUACAAACACAAUGUGCUCUCCUGCUUUCCAGCCAUCUCUUCCUCCUUCCUGCGUCCCACUCCAAACAGGCUACUGCCCUCAGUCUACUGUCCUGCUCUGUGAAAGACCAAUCCAUCAGCAAAUAAUGUGCAUUGCAAACAAAAGCUAUCUGAGCAUGAUCGCUGAGCCACAAGAAGUCGAGUUUACUGAAAUCAGAUCCAGCUUUGAGAAAUUGUGAAAUUGUGAAAUUAUGAAGUACGGCAGAUGUAAGGUGAAGAUUAGCUGAAACAGCCUCAAAAACUGGAUGAGCUGUUAUGAACAAAAUUACAAAUGGUUCUUAAAAAUUCUUACAAAUAAAAAUAAAAAAUGUA